UGCUCUGACGGGCGUCGCGAAUGGCCUGAGCGGCGUGCGGACGUCUGUCCUCCAACCCGGCCGUCUCCGCCCCUCCAGGUGCCCUCCCCGCGCCCCGGGCCCCGCGAGCGGGCUCUGCGGCUCUGGACUGCGGCGGGGGAGCACGGCUCCAGUCUCUUCUAGGUUAUUUCUCCAGAAAUAAUUUGUGCAACCUUGUGGUGAGGAGAAUGAGAAUGCGGCUCUUGGGGUUGGUGGUCUGUUUGGUCCUUGGGACACUGCAUGCUGAGGCGUCCAGAUGGAGGCCGAAAACUGUGGAUCCUGAAACAAAUAUGACUGUGAGUGAAAUUAUCUCUCAUUGGGGAUUCCCCAGUGAGGAACAUCUGGUCGAGACAAAAGAUGGGUAUAUUCUUUGCCUUCACCGAAUCCCUCAUGGGAGGAAGAACCAUUCUGACAAAGGUCCCAGACCAGUUGUGUUCCUGCAGCAUGGCUUGCUGGCAGAUUCCAGUAACUGGGUCACAAACCUGCCAGACAGCAGCCUGGGCUUCAUUCUGGCAGAUGCUGGUUUUGACGUGUGGAUGGGGAACAGCAGGGGAAAUACUUGGUCUCGGAAACACAAAACUCUUUCAGUUUCUCAGAAUGAAUUCUGGGCCUUCAGUUUUGAUGAGAUGGCAAAUUAUGACCUACCAGCUUCUAUUAACUUCAUUCUGAAUAAAACUGGCCAAGAACAAGUGUAUUAUGUGGGUCAUUCUCAAGGCACCACGAUAGGUUUUAUAGCAUUUUCACGGAUCCCUGAGCUGGCCAAAAAGAUUAAAAUGUUUUUUGCCCUGGCUCCUGUGACUUCAGUCAAGUUCUGUACUAGCCCUAUAGUUAAAUUAGGACAAUUACCAGAUGCUCUCCUUAAGGACUUAUUUGGGGUCAAACAGUUUCUUCCCCAGAGUAAGCUUUUGAAGUGGCUCAGUAUACAUGUUUGCACUCAUGUCAUUCUGAAGGAGCUCUGUGGAAAUAUCUUUUUCAUUCUGUGUGGAUUUAAUGAGAGAAAUUUAAAUAUGUCUAGAGUGGCUGUGUAUACAACACACUCUCCUGCUGGAACUUCUGGGCAAAACAUGAUACACUGGGCCCAGGUUGUUAGAUUCCACAACUUUCAAGCCUUUGACUGGGGAAGCAGUGCCAAGAAUUAUUUUCAUUACAACCAGAGUUCCCCUCCCACUUACAACAUGAAAGACAUGCCCGUGCCGACUGCCGUCUGGAGCGGGGGCCAGGAUCGUCUCGCGGACGUCAAGGACAUCAGUGUCCUACUGACCCAGAUCACCAACUUGGUGUAUCACAAGUACAUUCCUGAAUGGGAGCAUCUCGACUUUAUCUGGGGUUUGGAUGCUCCAUGGCGGCUCUAUAAUGAAAUGGUGAAUCUCAUGAGGAAAUACCAGUGAAAGCCAGGCUGGAGAAAUUUACCAUCAAGUCAAUGAUCAAGUUAAUUUCUCUAAAAUACUUGUUUUUCUUUUGCAUUUUUAUAUCCAAGAAAAUUAUGAUGUUGAAGAUGCUCAAUUCUCUCUAGUUAGGAUUAGAAACACACUUGCUUUUUUUGUUUAAUCAUGGCCGAAUAUGAAACUAGUGUCUCAACCAAUGUGUAGUCUCUUUAAGUCUUUUAUAAAACCACUCACUUGUGAAAAGGUCAUUACCAUUCUCUUUAACCUUAUAAUUUAAAAUAUAUGCUAUAUUGCCUUUUUACCCCCACACAGGACGCAUUGACAUAUGUGUUGGAAUUUUUAAGCUGUGUGCUGGCACUGACUUGAAAAAAGUGUGGUGUAUAAGUACCCAGUUCUCAUCUCUUUGCCUUAAAGGGCUCUCCAGUUGAAUGGCCUUGUGUUCAGGGAUCUAAGUGACACUUUCUCAUGUUCUCAUGCAGUAGGUGCAGCGUCAAAUCCAGUGACCCCGCAGCUGUGCCAGUUAUAAUGAUUCCGUAAUGAAUGUUAACAACCUAAUUGUGAUAGCUGUUAUUUAGCAAAUGUUUAAAUUGCUCAGCUCAAGCAAAAUAAUUUGCUGGAGUCUUCAAAAAUAAAUUACACUCAUUAAAAAAACAACUAUAUUUUAAAUAGCUUGAAGACUGAUGCUUUCAACCAUCUGUGUUCAUGAACUCUUAAUUGUAUGGCAGGCCAUAAAACCCCUUGUUUGAGAAGAAAAGUCCUGUGGAGAGACAAUAUCACUAUUUUUCCUGAAAUUAAUGUACUGUCUUAACCAGCUGCUAUAGCUCAGUGAUGACGUAUGUGAAGCAGGAGCCCUGAGGCUGCCCAUGAAGAGCGUCCUAAUUCAUUUUCACACAAAGGAAAUGCGAGCGUGAAUGUUUUAAGAUUAAAGCUCAGGGACUUGUUUUGUUAGUUUUGUAUAUGUCCAUAUUUUUAAUGCUCCUGAUUUGCAUCCCCAUGUCAGGAAGCCCAUAUUUACCUGCUGUUUUUGCGGCAUUAUUUCCUUAACAAUACUGUCAGAUGGGCAAAAUGACAAUUGAUAUGUUUUUCUGAUAUAGUUACUUUAGCUGCAAUAAUAAACAAUACUUGGUAUUGGCUAAAAUGUGCUGAUAGCAUACUACUACUUUGUAACAUUUAAAAACUCCUUUUUAAACUUUUCAAUAAAACGCAAUGAGCCUCACAGCCCUGAA